AUGGAACCGCCCGAGUCCCUCGAUAUAGAGUUUUGGGGUUAUACUUUUGGGAGCUCCUGGAGUUGCUCUUGCCAUGACACUGAAUCCAAAAAUCAACACUCUCACGAUGUCACCGUAUUUCGAAGUGGACACCGGCCCACCGCCCACCACCGUCCCGUACUCCCGUCGCAUCCCGUGGACUGGUCAACCCUCCCCGACGACGUGGUUCGCCUCGUCUUCGGCCGCCUCCACGAUCCGCUCGACUUCCUACGCCUCCGCGCCGUCUGCCGUGCUUGGCGCUCUGCCGCCGCCUUCCCUCCUCCCUUCCUCCCCUGGCUUCUCGCCUGCCCCUGCACCGCCCAUCCCAGUGACCCCACCGCCGCAGCCCUCUCCUUCUCUCUCGCCUCUGGCGCCGUCCGCUCCGUGGUCGCCCCCUCGUCCUCCCACCGCCUCCUCGGCCCAACCCGCUCCCAUCUCCUCCUCUCUGAUAAUCCCCGCCUCCUCCUCCUCAACCCCCUCACCGGCGCUCGGCUCCCCCUCGCUGACUCUCCCUUCCCCGCUUCCAGCCCCGUCAUCCAAGGCUACCUCGUCCCCACCGCCGACCACUCCCCGGCGCCGGUGGUACUUUACAACGCCAAGAAGCUCUACUUCCAUUUCUGCCACCCGGACCCGGCCAGGGGUGGACCUACAGGCCUCGGAGAUGGUGAUGGUUGGGCGGAGCUGCCGGUGCCAGGCCUUGUCGCAGAGAACAUGUACCACAACGGGAAGCUGUAUGUGUGCGAUGAUCAAGGCCACGUUACGGUCUUUGACGCGGCCACGUUGGCCGUGCUCGGGGCUGUGCCGCCGCCUCUGCCACAAGUCGCCCCUCCACGCAGGGAUGCCUUCGACUGCACCGCCCUGGUGGCUGGUGCCAUCUGGAGACGAGUUGCUGUGCGUGAUCCGGCACUUCGGGAAGGAUGGGCGUGGGGAGUUACUGGAGGAUUGCAGCAGUUUGAAGGUUUACCUGUUGGAUAUGGAAAUUGGACAGGGGCAUGA